AUGUCUGCCAUCGUGGAAAAAGUUACGGACGCCGUCAAGGACGUUACUGCUACUCUAAGCAACACAUCGAUCUCUGAUAAGCCUGCUGAGGCCACUACCACUGGUGGUGACAAGGCUUCCAGUGCUGCUCACAACGAGGCAGUACUGGCUAGCGCCGCAGAGGGUCGAAGACUCUAUAUCGGUAACCUCGCAUACGCGACUACCGAGGGGGAGUUGAACUCUUUUUUCAACGGAUACCUAAUCGAAUCCACCUCUAUCCCAAAGAACCCACGAACUGAUCGCCCAGUCGGAUAUGCCUUUGUCGAUCUCUCCUCUCCAGGUGAGGCAGAGCGUGCCAUUGCUGAGCUCUCUGGUAAGGAGAUCCUUGAUCGUAAGGUCUCCGUUCAACUCGCCCGCAAGCCAGAACCAGCAGGCGAGAAGACUGAGGGAGCUGCCAGCGGAGGUGAAGGUGCUUCCGGAGGUGAAGGCGGCCGCCGCAGACAAUCCGGCCGUGGACGUGGUCGAGGACGUGGCCGUGGUGGACGAGGAGGACGUGCCGCUCGCGGAGGCGAGGAAGGUGCCGAGGCUCCAGCUACCACAGAGCCUCUACCUUUGACCGAUGCUCCUAAGGAGACCACCGAGAAGAGCGAGAAGCUUGACAAGGACGGCAAACCACAAGCUGCCCGUCAACCACGCGAGCGUCGUGAACGUGGCCCUCCAGCUGACGGUAUUCCAUCCAAGAACAAGGUCAUGGUUGCCAACCUCCCAUACGACCUUUCCGAGGAGAAGCUCAAGGAACUUUUCGCUGCUUACGAGCCAUCCUCCGCCAAGAUCGCCCUUCGACCAAUCCCACGUUUCAUGGUCAAGAAGCUUCAAGCUCGCAACGAACCUCGCAAGGGUCGUGGAUUCGGAUUCGUCACUCUUGCUUCCGAGGAACAACAACAAAAGGCCGUCAACGAGAUGAACGGCAAGGAGAUUGAGGGUCGUGAGAUCGCUGUCAAGGUCGCCAUUGACAGCCCAGACAAGACCGACGAUGAUGCCAAUGCCCCAGCCGCUGAAGCUGCUACCGAGGGUACCAACGGCACAACCACUGAGGCUACCGCUGCAUAA